UCCCCAUGCGGGUUCCACCGCCAUGAGCCGCCGCCUCACCGCCCUAACCUCCUUAAUUGUCAUCCUGCUUUCCUACCAUGCCUACCGUUUCCCCAAUCGCACCCCAAUUUCCACUCCCUCACUCACCCCACCGCCAAAUUCAACCGCCACCAAUCACAUCAUCCGAUUUCUCCAAUACAACAACGCUCACGAACUUAGGGCUUAUCUCGAGCGCCAUGUCAAAUGCAGCGGCUGGAAAUGGGUGGAGCGCCCCAACCCGGCGGCGAGCUUCCCCACGGAUUUUGCCCUCGUCGCCAUCGAGGAUCGCCGCCGGGAAUUUUUGAUUGGGGAAUUUGGGAAAUUGGAGCUGGUGAAGGAUGUUUCCUUCGAUUUGAGCUACCAAAGGGUGGUUCUCAGUGCUCAUGAGGAAAGUGGCGCUGGCGCCUUUGUGGAUGGGAAGAAGAAGAGGCCCGGUAAGAUUUUCACUUCCAUGUCGUUUACCGAGCGGGAGAAUUCCGCCCCGGCAAAUGCUAGCUGGAGGAGGAGUCUGAUGAUGCAGAAAUCUCAGGUUACCUCCUUGUUUGGAGCAGAUGCUCUCUGGAAGAAAGGUUAUACUGGAGCUAAAGUGAAGAUGGCUAUUUUUGAUACUGGGAUUCGUGCAAAUCAUCCACAUUUUCGUAAUAUCAAGGAGCGCACAAAUUGGACCAAUGAAGAUACACUAAAUGACAAUCUUGGGCAUGGUACAUUUGUGGCUGGCGUUAUUGCUGGUCAGGAUGAAGAGUGUCUUGGUUUUGCCCCAGACACUGAGAUCUAUGCUUUUAGGGUGUUUACUGAUGCACAGGUUUCUUACACAUCAUGGUUCCUUGAUGCAUUCAAUUAUGCUAUUGCAACCAAGAUGGAUGUUUUGAAUUUGAGCAUUGGUGGACCUGAUUAUCUGGACCUCCCAUUUGUUGAGAAGGUCUGGGAAAUUACAGCAAACAAUAUUAUUAUGGUAUCAGCGAUUGGAAAUGACGGACCACUUUAUGGAACUCUGAACAAUCCUGCAGAUCAAAGUGAUGUUAUUGGUGUUGGCGGCAUUGAUUACAGUGAUCACAUAGCAUCUUUUUCAUCACGUGGCAUGAGCACUUGGGAGAUUCCUCAUGGGUAUGGUCGUGUGAAGCCUGAUGUUGUUGCCUAUGGACGUGAGAUUAUGGGUUCCAAGAUUAGUACAGGUUGUAAAAGCUUGUCAGGCACCAGUGUGGCAAGUCCUGUGGUUGCUGGAAUCGUUUGCCUUCUUGUUAGUAUUAUUCCUGAAAGCAAGAGAAAAGAGAUCCUAAAUCCAGGCAGUAUGAAACAAGCACUUGUUGAAGGUGCUUCAAAGCUCUCUGGUCCAAAUAUGUAUGAGCAAGGAGCAGGCAGGGUUGAUCUAUUGGAAUCUUAUGAAAUUUUGAAAAGCUAUAGACCUCGAGCAAGCAUAUUUCCCAGUGUCCUCGACUAUAUGGAUUGCCCCUACUCGUGGCCUUUUUGCCGUCAACCAUUGUAUGCAGGGGCGAUGCCUGUCAUCUUUAAUGUCACUAUCUUGAAUGGAAUGGGUGUGAUUGGUUAUGUUGAUGGUCCACCAAUGUGGCUUCCUGAUAGUGAGGCAGGUAAUCUUCUCAGCAUUCAGUUUACCUAUUCAGAUGUUAUUUGGCCAUGGACUGGUUAUCUGGCACUUCACAUGCAAAUCAAAGAGGAAGGGGUGCAUUUUUCUGGUGAAAUAGAAGGUAAUGUAACUGUAAAUGUUUACAGCCCCCCAGGCCAAGGUGAUAAUGCUCCUCGAAAAAGUACCUGCAUCCUUCGUCUGAAACUAAAGGUUGUUCCCACACCUCAAAGAUCGCAGAGAGUUUUAUGGGACCAAUUUCAUAGUAUCAAAUACCCACCUGGUUAUAUUCCAAGAGAUUCCUUGGAUGUUAGAAAUGAUAUCCUCGAUUGGCAUGGAGACCACUUGCAUACAAACUUCCACAUUAUGUUUAACAUGUUAAGGGAUGCUGGAUAUUUUGUUGAAACUCUUGGUUCUCCUUUUACUUGUUUUGAUGCUAAGCGAUAUGGGACACUUCUGUUGGUGGAUCUUGAAGACGAGUACUUUGCUGAAGAAAUUAAAAAACUGAAAGAUGAUAUCAUGAUUAAUGGUCUAGGUCUCGUAGUUUUUGCUGAUUGGUACAAUGUGGACUCUAUGAUGAAAAUGAAGUUUUUUGAUGAUAAUACGAGAAGCUGGUGGACUCCUGUCACCGGAGGUGCCAAUGUUCCUGCUCUGAAUGAUCUUUUGUCUCCAUUUGGAAUAGCUUUUGGAGACAAGAUCCUAAACGGUGAUUUUGUCAUUAAUGGGGAGCAGAGUCGAUAUGCAUCCGGAACCGAUGUUGUGAAAUUCCCAAAAGGUGGUUACUUGCAUCGUUUCCCUUUCUUGGAUAGCUCAGAAAGUGGUGCUACUCAAAAUGUCCUAUUAUCCGGUAUGAGCAAGGCCGAUUCCCCUAUUCUUGGUCUUGUAGAGGUUGGUGAAGAAGGACGAAUCGCAGUCUAUGGAGAUUCCAACUGUUUGGACAGCAGCCACAUGGUUACAAAUUGUUAUUGGCUUCUGAAGAAAAUAUUAGAUUUUACUGCAAGUAAUAUUAGAGAUCCAGUGCUUUUCUCAGAUUCAAGUAGACAAGAUAAGGCAUUGCACCUGGAUGAUAAUCAACUACCUUCCCGAAGAACAGAUGUAAAUUUCUCUACCUACUCUCAAGUUGCCGAUAAGGAGUUGAUCUGCAGGAGUGACUCGAGGUUUGAAGUUUGGGCAACGAAGGGUUAUGAUUUACAUGUGAGGGGCAGAAACCACAGAUUGCCUGGCUAUGCAGCAGUUGAUUUGGGUCAAGGUUCGAACUCUACUCCAGAGGUUCCAUUUAAGAAAAUCAAAUCAGUACACAAAGAUAGCAACUCCUUGGGGAACUCUUACCUCGGCUACUUGUAUGGAGAUGACCAGCUCGAUUUUCCAGAAUUAGUUGCCAGUCACUGGCUUUUACCUGCUAUUGUUGCAGGUUCUGGCUUUCUCGUGCUCUGGAGUUUCUGGAGAAUUAGGCAGAAGCGCCGGAGGAGAAGAAAAGGAUCUGGGUCUUUUAACCGUUCUGCUAACCCUUAAUUUUCUUUUGUUUGCUAAUCUUACGAAGCUAAUGUACUGCUGGUUAAAUUUUCUCAAUAGUCUAAUGGUGCACCUCAAAAUUUUGGAGUCUUAAAUACCAUGGUGAAUUCUUAUUGAAUUGGAACGUCAUAGUUUACAUUUUGAAUUAAUAUCAUAGUAGAUUACAUAUUGAA